GUGAAUCCAAAAACGCUUUAAUAGAAAAAUGGCGACUGACAAAAGAAUAUGGACGGGAGUAUUUGUAUUAGUUUUGUUACAUCUCAGCCAAAGUCACUGUAGGCUUCAUCACCUAGUACUCAAGGAUGACAUCCGACAAAAAGUCCACUUGAACACCUUUGGGUUCUACAAGCACGGUUAUAUGAUUGUGAACAUGUCAAGCCUAACCCUUUCAGGAGAGGACAUUGACCAUAUUGACAGCUCCACGGUUGGAUUUAGCCUGGAUAGAACCAGCAGUAAUGGAUUCUCUACUUACUUGGAUGAAGACCUGGACUAUUGUGUCCUGAAGAAGAAUCCCAUUAGUGAUGUUCCUGUGGCAAUGCUGUUAUUUGACUUCCAAAAGGAAGACGUGAAGAUGAAGAUGUCCGUAGACGAGAAACAGUUCCCCGACAUCAUUAGCGGUUUCCAUGGAGUUAGGAAGACCGCAGCUGGAGGAGACCAAGAUAAAACUGCAGAAGAGCAAGAAGCCGCCAACCCUCAGACAGACCCUGUGAAUGGGAAGAAUGCUGGUGGGAGUAAAACCAAGAGAGAUGUUUCAAAGAAAAAGACAGUGCUUUCAUACCCUCUCCACCAGAAAGAUAGUUCAUACUCAUUCCAGUUUCACUUCAACAUCAGCACGGAUGAGCAGCAAGGACUUUACAACUUUUAUUUCCACAACUGCAAAAACACUACUGUAAUAGCUAACCCUUUACGCUUCAGCAUGGAGAUUAGUAUUGUGGAGAAAAACCCUAACAGUUACCUCUCUGCUGGUGAAAUACCCUUGCCGAAGUUGUACAUCAUCAUGUCCAUGUUUUUCUUUGUCAUCGGCACACUCUGGGUCCACAUCCUCCGCACACGCAGAACUGAUGUAUAUAAAAUCCACUGGCUGAUGGCAGCUCUUCCCUUCACCAAGUGUCUCUCACUCAUCUUCCAUGCGAUUGACUACCACUACAUCUCAAACCAAGGGUUCCCGAUUGAAGGCUGGGCAGUUGUGUAUUACAUUACUCAUCUACUGAAGGGGGCACUAUUGUUCAUCACCAUUGCUCUGAUAGGGACUGGCUGGGCUUUUGUCAAGCAUAUCCUCUCAGAUAAGGACAAGAAGAUUUUUAUGAUAGUCAUUCCACUACAGGUGCUGGCUAAUGUUGCGUACAUCAUCAUUGAGUCGACUGAGGAGGGCACCACAGAAUAUGGCUUGUGGAAGGAGAUUCUUUUCCUGGUCGACUUGCUUUGCUGUGGGGCCAUUCUCUUCCCUGUGGUUUGGUCAAUACGACAUUUACAAGAAGCUUCAUCCACUGAUGGUAAAGCUGCCAUCAAUCUUGCCCAGUUGAAGCUCUUCAGGCACUACUAUGUGAUGAUUGUAUGCUAUAUAUACUUCACUCGUAUAAUAGCCAUUCUCAUCAAAUUCAUCGUGCCUUUUCAGUGGAAAUGGCUAUAUCAGCUAUUGGACGAGCUGGCCACUCUGGUAUUUUUCUUCCUGACGGGUCACCAAUUCCGUCCCGCCUCUUAUAACCCCUACCUGCUGCUGUCUGCAGAGGAUGAGGAGGACCUGGAGAUGGAUGACGUCAUUACCACAUCAACAGCAAUGGGAGAUGGUGUAAAGAAGGUGAAGAAGGUGUCAAACGGCUCUUCCCCAGAGGAGAGGGAAAGCAUGGCCUGAUGUGAAAUGUAUUUCCUUGGCUUGCACUUGGUUUCCGAUACUUGCUUACUCAGUGAAGGAACAGAGUAUUACAUACCCACACUACCUGAGCUUGGGUGAUAGAUCCCUCUUUUACACAAAGGUGGACUUAACUGUACAGUAUGUAAGUGUAUAUAUGUACAAUAUAUGUGGACACUUAAUUUGAAUUUUUCAGUCAAUUCUUAAUAACCAAAUUAUUUUGAUUCCUUAUGUAUUGUUUUCACACUCUGGUGAUUGCUCAAUAUUUAUUUAACUUUGUUAUUGCUGUUUAUUUAUUUUUGUAUAAAUUAGUAAUCAGUCUUCAACCACAAAAAGUCCCAGCCUCAACGUAAUAGAAGCUGUUACACAAAAUACCGACUUGUUUUAAAAACGCUGAUAGGAAAGAAGCAUUCUUUGAGGAAAAACAUUGUUUUAGAAGGCUGUGUCUUGUAUGGCCUUCCUUAGAACAUAACAUCAGUUCCAUGUUUUCCUUCAAUGAACUUGCCAUAGCUCUCCUUUUUAUUUUGACAGCUCUGGUUCAUUAACCUGUCCAAAGGAACCCAAAUUGCUUCAAUUAUGCUGAGGUUGGGGACCAAGUCUGAUGUGUCCACUGGCACUGUUCAGAGUGGCCAAAGACUUUUACACUACUGUACAGUAUAUAACAUUGCAAAUGAGUGCAUAUACAACUGUAGUUAUACAGUGUGUGUAUAUAUAUAUAUAUAUUGACUAUUGACUUGCCUUGAUAUAUAUCCUAUCUUCCUAUAAAUAUAGAAAACAAUCUUCUAAAAACUAUGAAAAGUAAACUUUUAUUUUAGUUAUACUUGUGUUGUGAAUCAGAAUUAUGCAAUGUGCGCUUUUACUGUGGAGUGGUACUGUGGUUGUGUUGAGGCAAGUAAAAUGUUUACAAUUUCUGAUCGUUGUGGAUUAAAAUACCCAGUCUAGCUCAUGGGUUGCUAACUGAAAGCAACAGCACUGUAAUACGGAUGGAAAUGUCAACGUACUAUUCGAGAGGAAUGCCUAAACACCCAAUGGUUAGUUAGUUAGUAGGGAUAGAUAGAUUAUUAUGGAUUGUCAGAUGAUAUGGUUAUUAUGGAUGUCCAAUCCCAAGUCACAAAUAAAUUAAUGUAAUUACCAUCAGCAUUUCCAAAGCAGAGGCAUGAGUCAGAGAAAGAGUAGAGUGCAGUGUUGUUUUGUAGAUAACUGCACAACCUAUAUAGACAACAAAUUAACCAAUUUGACAGUUAUGCUGCUGUUAUGGCAGGUUGUGCAUAGGCCAGAUGUGCUUGACCCAAUAAGCUUUUUCUUUGCAUUUAAUUUUUAAGACAGCUGCAUUCUUUUUGAAUUUUUAUCAGGGUUGUGUUACACGUCUUCAUAUUCAAUAGCACCUUAAGUUUCCGUUAAGAUCAAUGACAGAAUACAUUAAUGUGAAAAUACUGUGUUCAUAAAGUGGCUUUUCACCCUGUU